AUGUCCUCCUCGAGCCGCACGAAACCGUCUCGCAAGUCUUCGGGCUCACACCGAACCACCCUUUCCCUCUCACGGGCCGAGGUCUCCAUCCACGUCUACGACCUCCUGCCGCCCGGCAAAGUUUCGACAGUGCUCUGGGCAAUUGGUAGCUCAUUGCUGCACACCGGCGUUGUAGUUGGCGACCGCGAGUAUGCAUACGGGGGACACGAUCUGCGGAAUCAGACUGGCGUAUACUGGACAAAGCCGAGAUUAGAACCGCCUGGCGGCACUUUCAGGACAGCAAUACUGCAUGGCUUCUCCUUCAGGCCGCCCGAGGAAAUGGACGCCAUCAUACACGAGGCCUCAAUGGAGUUCCAGGGUACAUCCUACAACCUGCUCACCAAGAACUGCAACCACUUCACAUCCUACCUAUGUGAGAAGCUCACGGGCCGCCCCGCACCCACAUGGAUCAACCGCGCCGCUAGCAUAGGCGUAGCUCUCCCAUGCGUCGUACCACGGGAAUGGAUAGAGCCACCGGAUCAUGAUACUGCGAAUGGAGAGCUCCUUGACGAGGACUUCGAAGACGAAAGAGCGUCUAUGCUGCGACACGACCAACAGCGGCGCCAUAUUCAAGCUGCAGAGGAAGAGAACUGGCAAGGCGAGGGCCAUCCUGGUAGCAGUCGUCGAGGUGAGCAAGGAGGCGCAAGAGGCUCUAUUCCUAGGCACGCAUCCAACCAGAAUGUCCCCCGGCUGGUCAACUUCAAAGACACCGAUAGCAGCGGUCGUACGCUGCCGUCAGCGGAAAGAGCGCCGAUGCCAAAAAACUUGACUUGA